AAACCUUGAAAUGUCAGUGAAUGCUCAAUAAUCUAUUAUUUUUUUAAUUAGGUAAAUGUAUCUGAAUAUUAAAUUGCUGAGUCUCGGUGCAAAGUACAAAAGAUUCUUAAUAAUCUUUAAGAGAUCGUAAAUUAUAAGCUAGUUUAUGUCUGUCUAUUGGCCCAAAGUGUACAAGUAAACAUGGGUAUAGGGAAAAUAGGGCAUUUUAUUAUUGCAGCACACUUCUGGUUUGGGUGUUAUUAUGAUUGGAAUUAUGUAAAAAUACCAGCUGAAUUAUUUGACAUGGGAGACUCGAAAUUAAACAGUAAAAAGCUAAAGUUUUUAACAUACUGGGAUGCACUUCUCCAGUCAACUUUUUUUACAAUUUGUUUCUUAAAUGAUAUAUUCGGUACAAAUGAAAACUUCCCAAAGAAAAUCCCUUUUAUAAGAAAGCUCAAAGAUAUUCUCUUACCUGCAUUGGCAUUCCCCAUUUCAAUGUUUGUAGGGAUUACCUUUUGGGGGCUUUAUGUAAUCGAUAGAGAACUGGUAUUUCCACGAGCUAUAGACCCAUAUUUCCCUUGGUGGCUGAACCAUCUAAUGCACACCAAUAUCGUGUUGUUUUCAAUCACUGAAAUGUUUACCUCAUAUAGGAAAUAUCCAGGAAGAAAAAUUGGAUUUUCGAUUGUAACUACAUUUAUGGUAACAUAUUUAAUAUGGAUUCACAUUUUAAAUUCCUAUACAAAUCGCUGGGUAUACCCUGUAUUAGAAGUGUUAAAUUUGCCUGGAAGAAUAGCGUUUUUUGCGUUUUGUCUUGUUCUAGUGAUCGGAUUAUAUAUUGUAGGGGAAAAACUAAAUAGUUUAAGAUGGGGCACUACGCUAACGUCAAAGAAAAAGUAAUUAUAAUACUUUUCAAAAAUUUUGAUACAUAAAUAGUAAUACAGUAAGGAAGUGUGAAAAUAAUGCAAUAAUUUAUAAGUGUACUUUGAAAUUUAUAUAAUUUAUAUUAGUUAAUAAUAUAAAGUAUUGUCAUAUUGUACCUAAUCCAUCCAUAGGUGUUAAAUUGUUAUAUUGGCCUAUACAAGUCAUUUUUAUGAGAAAAAACAUGUCAGAAGUACAAGAAAUUAUUGAGCUUUAAGAUAAUUUGAUAACCAUUUUUGUACAUGUGUAGCUGUGAUUUAUAUAUAUUUCUAAAUGUUUAAUUAUAUAUAAUGAAAUGACAAAAAUUAUUGUUUUAAGAAAGGAGAGGGGAACAACUUUUUAUUAAUUAAUGACAUUUUGUAGUACCCCCUCUAUUCAUCUAGUCGAUAUUGUAGCACUUACUUUUAGAAAAUUGUAGAGUAAUUGUUAAGUCAUUUUGAGAUAAAAUGAACAAGUAAAUUUAAAUAUUAAUCUCUCUCUAUUUAAAUUUUUUGUUAUAACAUUCCAGUACUUCAAUAAACAGACAUAUUAUAUAGUGAAAA